AUGCCGGCAGUAAACGAUGCGAAAGCUGCGGCAUUCGCAAUUGCAUUCUACACUGGUUCCCAAUCGGGAGGUAUUAGUCGCGGUGCCAGCAUAAUCGCUCGACAAAGUAAUGGAGAAGCAUUGAAUAGCGCUAACGAAGAAGACGUUGAUGAUGCAGCUAUUAUUCUCUAUUAUCUGGUGAAAGGGCUGUCAAAUAUCCCAUACUAUUGGGGCGUGUCAGCCCGAGCGAUCGACCUGAAGGAUGAUGAAACGAGGUCUUAUGCAGUUGGUAACGUGGUGACCUGGUUUCAAUUUAGCUCAACUAAAAGAGGGUACGAGCCGCCGGAAUUUUUUAAAAAUCGUAAUACCUUUUUCAUCAUCUACUCAUUGACGGGUCGUCCUAUCCAGAAAUUCUCGUCAUUUCCAGAAGAAGACGAAAUAUUGUUCGUGCCACAUUCAACAUUUCUCGUUGUUGAUCGUGAGGAAGAAGCGGGCAGACAUAAGAUAUACCUAAGGCAAAUCGAACUAGGAUUUAGUGAAUGGUCUGUUUUAUGGGUCGAUGAUAAUAUCCUUGAUCCAAAUUGGCAAAACAAAGCGCAUAUGGAACGUGUAUCUUCACGGGCUAUGAAUCAAAACGUUCAUAUCAUUCCAAAAUCUUGCACUGAAAGUGGUCUAUCUUUUCUACGGUCGCCAUUUGGCCAACGGUUGAGAAAUUGCGACAAGUUUCGCAUCGUUAGUGACAUGAAACGCGACAAUGAGUCUUCAGGACGGUAUGCAGGUAUUCACUUUUUAAAAGCAGUUCGACAAUUGGGAUUCAACAAUCGGUUCUUAAUAUUUACUGGUAGUCAGAAAAAAGCAAUGGAGAAAAUUCAAGUGGAAGUAAAUCAAGCAGAAAGGCAGAAUCUCUUGGUGACGGAAUUAAAUACGGGCUUGGAUACUUUCGUUGGAUUUGAAGACUAG